UCCAAAGAUAUCUCAAUUCUCAAGAACAAUGGUGAGAAUCUUGCACACUUGGAAGAAAAACAACGAUCUAGUACCAACUCAUGAAACACAAAGCCCCGCAUCACCAUCCUUCAUCUUUGAAGAUGAUGUAUCUAAGUUUGUUUUCCAAAUGGAAGCACCACAAGAAGCCACUACAAGUACAGACACUGAAGAUGAAGAAGGUCUAAAAUCAAUAGAAAGAAAACAAUCUGAAUCUCUCGAGGUUAAUGAAGAAGAUGAUGAAGCUCAUAAGCUAAAGGAAAUGGAUGAUCAACAACUCCGACAAAUCAAAGGUAAGAAAAAGAUGGUAACAUAUGACAUUGAUAAGUUACAAAUGUACUCAGAAGAUGAGUUCCUUAACAAACACUAUGAGAAAACAUCAUAUUUUCCAUGUCGCCUCCAACCUGAAGAGGAUACAUUGGAUAUACUCACAAUGAUUGUAAAAGAGAAACGAGGGAUGAUACGAUCCACGCGCAAAAUGCUCAAACAAAUGGGGCGCGAGCUUAAGAACAGUGAAGAUAGGUUGAGCACCGUUGAAAAGAAGCUUCGAAAAUCUAAGUGCUCCUCAUCUACCUCUAGUUCACUUAUGUCCUAA